AUGGAAGGAAAUAUCCAAACGAGAAUGCAAACAAAAAUAUUAGAAAAAUUAUACAUGAAAAAUGAUAUAGCAAAUAAAGAAAAUUCAAAAUUAAAAAAUAAAACAAAGAAAAGAAAAAUCGAAUCUAAAGAUAAGAGGGUUAAUAAAAGAAGUGUAAAAACAUAUUUGAAAAGUUGUGAUAGAAAAAGGGAAAAAGGAAAAUUAUAUGUUAAAAAAAUUGAAAGCUCGAAAAAAAAAAAUAAUAAUAAUAAUAAAACAGGGUUUUCAUCCAAGCUGGGUAUAAUUAAAGAGCAGAAAAAUAAAAGAAAAAAUGACGCAGUAAAUAGUGAUGCAAUAAAUAAUUACAGCGAUUUGAACAGCAAAAUGAAUACAUGUAUUUAUUUUCACAAUAAUUAUAAUGAUGAUAAAGAUGGAAAAAAUGAAAAAAAAAAAAAAAAUAGCGAUGAUACAAAAAAAGACAAAAAUUAUAUAUAUAAUUAUUUAGAGGAUAAUGGUAUUGAAAUAAAAAAUGAUAAAUAUAUUUUUAAAUAUAAAAAUACAUUAAAUAAAAUUCAAACAUAUAUAUUUCCUAUAUAUAAAUAUGGUGAUAAUUUAGUAGCUAGAAAUAAAGCAAUCUUUUUGAAAAUACACAUACAUACAUGCUUAUUUUGCCAAAAUGGGAUACUUUGCAAUUUUGUAGAAAAUUAUAUGAUAUAA